AUGAUGAAAUUCAUUCGCAAAAGAUCAGCCAACGCUAAAAAUGAUAUUCUUAGUGGCCUAACGGUGGCCCUGGCCCUGGUGCCCGAGGCGGUUGCCUUUGCCUUUGUGGCGGGCGUAGACCCACUGGUGGGUUUGUACGCGGCAUUUAUGGUAGGCCUUAUUACAUCGGCAUUUGGCGGCCGACCCGGCAUGAUCAGCGGGGCCACGGGAGCUUUGGCGGUGGUUAUGGUGAGCCUGGUAAGUAGGGGAAAUGCCAUGGGCGCUGAAGGCGAGAAUAUGGGCCUGUACUACCUUUUCUUAACCGUUAUUUUAAUGGGCGCCAUACAAAUGUUGGUGGGCGCCUUUAAGUUGGGAAAGUUCGUGCGCCUUAUACCGCAUCCGGUUAUGAUGGGUUUUGUAAACGGUUUAGCCAUUGUGAUUUUCCUUUCGCAGUUGGGCAUGUUUAAAACGGUAGUGAAUGGCGAAAAGCAAUGGCUCAUGGGCGAAAAACUCUAUCUGAUGCUCGGUUUGGUUGCACUAACCAUGGCCAUUAUGUAUUUCCUGCCCAAGCUUUACAAGCGUUUGCCCGAGGCGCUAAUCGCCAUCUUAGUGGUGUCGGGUAUUGCCAUAGGCUUUGGCUUAGACGUUUCUACGGUGGGUAGUUUCAUCCGCGAAGGCGGGGGAGAAGGCAUAAGCGGUGGCCUGCCCACUUUCCAAUUGGCCAUAUUUGAAAAAAUUCCCUUCACCUGGGAAACUUUAAAGUUUAUAGGACCCUACGCUAUUAUUUUGGCCGCCAUUGGCCUAAUUGAAUCAUUAAUGACCUUGAACCUGGUGGAUGAGCUUACCGAAACGCGCGGCAGUUCAAAUCGCGAGUGUUUGGCACAAGGGGGCGCCAAUAUUGUUACGGGCCUUUUUGGCGGCAUGGGCGGUUGUGCUAUGAUUGGGCAGUCAAUCAUCAAUAUAAAGUCGGGCGGAAGAGGCCGCCUGUCUGGAAUAGUUGCGGCACUGGCGCUUUUGAUGUUUAUUCUCUUCGCAGCGGGAUUAAUUGAAAAAGUUCCCAUUGCUGCGCUGGUAGGCGUGAUGUUUAUGGUGGUGAUAGGCACCUUUGCCUGGUCUAGCUUUCGCAUUCUCAAUAAAAUUCCGCUGAGCGAUGCCAUUGUUUUAAUCAGUGUUUCUGCUUUAACCGUAGUGUUUGACCUGGCCAUUGCCGUUAUGGCCGGAAUUGUUAUGAGCGCAUUGGUGUUUGCCUGGGAAAGCGCAAAACGCAUCCGCGCACGCAAGCAUUUGAAAGAGGAUGGCACCAAGGUUUAUGAAAUUUGGGGGCCCUUGUUUUUUGGCAGUGUUAAAGCUUUUAAUAGCAAGUUCGACAUCCAGGGCGAUCCCGCCAAGGUGGAAAUAGACUUCAUUGAGUCAAGAGUGGCCGAUCAUUCAGCCCUGGAGGCGUUGUACAAUUUGGUAGAAAAAUACGAAGCCGCGGGCAAGCAGUUAACCAUUCGCCACCUGAGCGAAGAGUGCCAACGUCUGAUGAUGAAAGCCUCGCCCAAAUUGGGAAAGCGCAAUCAGCUGGUACGGUUGCUCAUUGAAAAGGGCAUCAGCAGCAAAUCAGUACUCAAGGCCAUUGGUAAAAUACCAAGACACCUGUUUAUUGAUAGCAGCUUUGAGGAGUUUGCCUACCAAGACAAACCAUUUCCCAUUGCGGCCGGCCAAACAAUUUCGCAGCCCUACACCGUGGCUUUUCAGUCGGAAUUACUGGCGGUAAAAGCGGGCGAUAAAGUACUUGAUGUUGGCACGGGCAGCGGCUAUCAGGCGGCUGUGCUUCACGAAAUGGGCGUUAAGGUGUUUAGUAUUGAGCGCCAGAAAGAACUCUUUGACCACACCCGCAAUCUCAUGCGAAAGCUGGGCUAUACCUUUCACAUGAAAUAUGGCGAUGGCUAUAAGGGAAUGCCCAGUCAGGCCCCGUUUGAUGGCAUAGUAGUAACCGCAGGAGCGCCCUACAUUCCCAAACCGCUGGUGGAGCAGUUAAAACCCGGUGGGCGACUCGUUAUUCCCGUGGGGCAAAACGUUCAAAAAAUGAAAGUGCUUACCAAGCAAAAUGACGGCAGGCUGGUGCAAAAAGAAUAUGGUGAGUUUCGCUUUGUUCCCUUGCUGGAAGAUAAAAACGGCUAA